GUCCAGGCGGCUCGGGCGCAGCUGGGAGGAACGGGCAGUGCCGAGCGCGGACCUGAGCUGGCAUGUCCCCGCGCGCGGGAGCCCCCGUCGGCCGCCGGGCCCGGGCGGCGGCUAACUUGGCUGCGGGCUCCGGCGGCCGUGCCGCGGCCAUGUAGUCGCCGGCGGGGCUCCCCGUAGCCCGGGAGCGGCAGCGAGAGCCUGCCGUAGCCGAGCCUCCUCGGCUUUCCCCGGAGGCUCGGAGGGCGCGCCUCGGGCCACACUUCGGGCCCGGGAGGGAAAUGGGGGAGAAAGUUUCUGAGGCGCCGGAGCCGGUGCCCCGCGGUUGCAGCGGCCACGGCGCCCGGACUCCCGCCCCUGCGGCGGCCGCCGCGUCCUCACCGGGCGCUUCCUCGGCCGAGUCCUCCUCGGGCUCAGAAACUCUGUCGGAGGAAGGGGAGCCCGGCGGCUUCUCCCGCGAGCAGCCGCCGCCGCCGCCGCCGCCGGGCGGCGCCCUGGGUGCUUGUCCGGCUGCCGCGUGGGCUCCCGCGCGCGCGGUGCUCGAGCUUGGAGUCCCAGCGCCGCCGCCGCCGCUCCCCGGAGGAGCCGCGCCGCCCGCGCCCCGGGGCAGCAGCACGUCCCGGGAGGAGCAGGAUGAGGAGGUGGGCCCCGUCUCAACCCCCGUGGGUCCUGGCGGCCGGGCGACCCCAGCUCUCCACCUAGCGUGCGCGGGCAGCGGGCAGGGCGCGCCGGGGCAUGGAGAGGGAGAGGGACCCCAGGUGCUCAGCCCCGAGCCCGAGAUAAGGACAGUUAGGAGCCUCCCUGUGGGUCGUUGACUUCCCCGUGGUGGUUACCUCCCUGUAUAUGUGUGUCUACUUGUGCUGCCUGAUAGUAUGCUUUUAAAAUGCCAAAGCAGCAAACUCCUUAGUGUCUGUGUCUGCCUCCGCGGGUUUGUGAAUGGAUGCGAGCUGACUCCUGGCUUGUCCCCACGACUAAGAUCUCAUUCUCCGAAGUGGGCAUUGCAUCCCACUUGGAAGCGCUUGGGUCGAGGGCGAGUCUGGGGAUGG